GGAGGUGUGGGCGGUGACCGGACUGCGUGUGUGUUUGUGUGGAGGAGGAGGCCGAGGAAAACGAGAGACCAUAGACAUCCACCUCGGCCUAGAGCGUCCUUUAAAGUGUUGGGGAGAGGCGGGCGGGGACCACCCCCAACUGGCCGCUGGCGGUAUCAUGGCGUCCCGGAACCCCCCUCCCCAAGACUACGAAAGCGAUGACGAAUCUUACGAAGUGUUGGAUUUAACUGAGUAUGCAAGAAGACACCACUGGUGGAAUCGGGUGUUUGGCCACAGUUCCGGACCUAUGGUAGAAAAAUACUCAGUAGCUACCCAGAUUGUAAUGGGCGGCGUGACUGGCUGGUGUGCAGGAUUUUUAUUCCAGAAGGUUGGAAAACUUGCUGCAACUGCAGUAGGUGGUGGUUUUCUUCUUCUACAGGUUGCCAGUCACAGUGGCUAUGUGCAGAUCGACUGGAAGAGAGUUGAAAAAGAUGUAAACAAAGCAAAAAGGCAGAUUAAAAAGCGAGCAAACAAAGCAGCACCUGAAAUCAACAAUAUAAUUGAAGAAGCAACAGACUUUAUCAAGCAGAACAUUGUGAUAUCCAGCGGCUUCGUGGGAGGCUUUUUGCUAGGCCUGGCAUCUUAAGGACGUGAAGGUUCUAUGGUAGUGGAUCCAACAGUGGGAGGAAGACUAUGGCAGCAGGGUGAUCUCUCAAUGACACAAUGCUACCAGAGUCUCCAGAGUAAGGAUCAGCCAGCUGGACAAUUGCAAAUGCAGCAGCUUAGUGUCUUGCCACCUGCAGCUUACCAAGCUAGAAUCUGCUGUAAGACAACCUGUGUGGCGUGUGAACAGUAGUGUUCUUGAGCAAAUCAUGGAUUUUACAAAUUUUUAAAUUUACGUUUGUUUAGAAACCAGCCUAUGAUUAUCAUCACUGGAUAUAGUGGACACAGAAAAAGCUGUUACAUGUACUGUCCAAUGAAAUAGUACCCUAUCUUCCUUUCAAAGUUCUUUGUGCUUUACUGUCUAGUGCCAAUAAUUAAAACCUGUCUCAUAGCUUCAAUAUUAUGGCUGACUUUUUUUUUUAAAUGUGUUUGCAAUAAACUGAAGAAUUGUUUUACCCCUUUGUGGAAGGCAAAAUAGAAUUAUUAAGCUAUUAAACUCUUCUGAUGUAUUGAUCUGUAGGAUUUUUCCCCCUUCUGUUUCUUACUUUGCUUAUGUGUAAUCUUUACAUUAAAGAAGGCUUUUGUAAUGAAAUACUACAUGCCUAACCCUUCUCUAAUAUCUCCAGUUUUUAAAAUGUCUCCUUGUAAGUUCUAAUUUUUGGGGGGUCUGUUUGAUUUCUUUAUCCCCGCUAGCUUAAAUAGAACUAAUUUGGGAGUCUGUUAUUAGUUGGAUCAUUGAUAUGCUUUAUUAAUUUUAAAUGCAUCUUACUUUUAUUUCUAAAAAAUCCUAUUUUUUUUUUGGCCUCUUCGCCAAAAAGUGCAGGUUGCUUUAAAAUACUUAGUAGUAUAAUAUAAACUUAUUGUCUGAAGGACUGUGAUUUUCUAUGUAGUCCUAAAAUUAUAGCUUAAAUAUAGUUGCUGCCUUGAUUAUGUGAUGUAAGCACUAGAUUUCUCAGGCAUUGCUAGCAUUAUGUUACUUGAAUAUUAGACCAAUUUACUUGUUUCUCUCGGCCAGCCUCACACUUGUUCCAAGCAUCUCUUGUCCAAAAACAGCUUUCAGUAUUGUUAUUCUUGUUCAUAGAAUUCUAGGUUGUUCCUGGGGAAAACAGCAGAACAAUAUAGGUUAGAGUCUUCAGAUUGGAACAAUUGCAACUAUUCAGACUAUCUCCCUGUGAUAGGAAGCUCCUAUAGUAUAUUCUGUGUCUUGUAAAUGAGUCAUUUCAUAUUUUUCAUAUUGGUUACAAGCUGUGUGCUUGUACUGUCAUGAAAUUCUUUAAACUCAAAUGUGCAAUUGAAUUUUAGUUUCUUUUAUUCUCAUUAGUCCCUCAUAUAGAAUGCUAAAUAAAACUCAGUUUCUUAAUAUGAA